UUAUCAAUUUAAAGCUUUUUCAUUUAAAAACGUUUAAUAUGAUGGUAAAGUAGGAUUUUGUGCGUUUGACAUUUAAGGAAACGUUUGAUUUCAGGUUUAAAAUUUGUUUAAUCCCACGUACGUAAAGCGGAACUCAUCGAACGUCACGGUGAAUGAAAAAGCGCUCAGCUGUGGAGCAGAAGAGAAGAGAAGGACGAGCAGGAGGCAGCAUCGCACGGCMGGUCCGGACCGGAAAGUUGUGGAUUUUAUAUCUACUACCCCACAUCAUUAUGGCUGAGCAUCUUCUACAUUACAAUGACUCUGCGGGGUACGGAAACAGAUUCGCCCGCAAAGGUGCUCUGCGGCAGAAGAACGUGCACGAAGUGAAAAAUCACAAGUUUACUGCGAGAUUUUUCAAGCAGCCGACGUUCUGCAGCCACUGCACAGAUUUUAUAUGGGGGUUUGGAAAACAAGGAUUUCAAUGCCAAGGACCCCAGAAGCAAACAUAAGUUCAAGAUUCACACAUACGGCAGCCCGACCUUCUGUGACCACUGUGGCUCGCUGCUGUACGGGCUCAUCCAUCAAGGAAUGAAAUGUGACACCUGUGACAUGAACGUGCACAAGCAGUGUGUGGUCAACGUGCCGAGCCUGUGCGGGACGGACCACACAGAGCGCCGGGGACGGAUCUUCCUCAAGAUCGAGGUCAGCGGGGACCGGCUACACAUCACAGUGGGAGAAGCCAGGAACCUGAUACCUAUGGAUCCAAAUGGUUUAUCAGACCCGUAUGUGAAACUCAAGCUCAUCCCAGACCCAAAGAACGAGACCAAACAGAAGACCAGAACCAUCCGUUCCUCUCUCAAUCCCUGCUGGAACGAGUCCUUCACCUUUAAGCUGAAAGCUUCGGAUAAGGACAGACGUCUGUCCAUCGAGGUGUGGGACUGGGACAGAACCACCCGGAAUGACUUCAUGGGCUCCAUGUCGUUUGGCGUGUCCGAGCUCAUCAAAGCUCAUCACUGUGGAUGGUACAAGUUGCUGAACCAAGAGGAGGGCGAGUACUACAACGUUCCCAUCCCCGAGGUGGAUGACGUCAACCUGGAGCUGCGGCAAAAGUUUGAGAAAGCCAAGCUGGGCCACGGUAAGAAAGUGAUCACGCCAUCAGACCACCGGCGCUUCAGCUUCCCUUCGGGUAACAUGGACCGAGUGCGACUCAACGACUUCAACUUCCUCGCCCUGCUGGGGAAGGGCAGCUUUGGCAAAGUGAUGCUGGCCGAGAUGAAAUCCACGGAGGAGCUCUACGCCAUAAAGAUCCUGAAGAAGGACGUGGUGAUUCAGGACGACGACGUGGAGUGCACGAUGGUGGAGAAGAGGGUGUUGGCCCUGAGGGACAAACCGCCUUUCCUCACGCAGCUGCACUCCUGCUUUCAGACGGUGGAUCGGCUGUACUUCGUGAUGGAGUACAUUAAUGGUGGAGACCUCAUGUAUCACAUCCAACGUAUGGGCAAGUUUAAAGAGCCUCAGGCCGUGUUUUAUGCAGCAGAGAUAGCCGUUGGCUUGUUUUUUUUGCACCGGAAGGGAAUCAUCUACAGGGAUCUGAAGCUGGACAACGUGAUGCUGGACUGCGAGGGCCACAUCAAGAUCGCAGACUUUGGCAUGUGCAAGGAGAACAUGUACGAGGGGAUGUCCACACGCACCUUCUGUGGCACCCCGGACUACAUCGCACCCGAGAUCAUAGCUUACCAGCCUUAUGGGAAGUCAGUGGACUGGUGGGCUUACGGAGUCCUCCUGUAUGAGAUGUUAGCGGGACAGCCACCAUUCGACGGAGAAGACGAGGACGAGCUGUUCCAGUCCAUCAUGGAGCACAACGUGUCCUACCCCAAGUCCAUGUCCAAAGAAGCUGUGUCCAUCUGUAAGGGGCUGAUGACGAAGCACCCGUCGAAGCGCCUCGGCUGCAGCCCUGAGGGCGAGCGGGACAUCCGAGAGCAGGCCUUCUUCAGACGCAUCGACUGGGAGCGUCUGGCCAACCGAGAGAUCCAGCCGCCGUUUAAACCCAAAGUGUGUGGAAAGGGGGCAGAGAACUUUGACAAGUUCUUCACACGCACCCAGCCUGUGCUGACCCCUCCAGACCAGCUGGUCAUCGCCAACAUCGACCAGAGCGAGUUCGCCGGCUUCUCCUACAUCAACCCUCAGUUCUCCCAUCCCUCUUUGCACAGCGUGGUAUGAGGCGGCGAGACCUGUCCAGCGAGCGUCCCCCUGCUGUCAAGAGACUCCUAUAAUCCUCUAGCUUUUUGUGUCUUAAACACUUAACCAAUUCCUGUGCACCGAGACACCCGAGCAGAAAGGAGCAAAAAAACCAAAAGGUUCAGAGUGUCGCUGAUGACGGGCGGGGAGAGAAAACUGAACCACGGCGCUGAUGUCCACAGCGUUUCACACUGUUUCUUAGCCCGAACCUGCAUUUCCAAACACACAGCUGUAGCUUUCAACACAUCUACAGCCUUUUACCUUGUGAAUGAAUGUGUCUCGGUAUCAGUUACUUGCUCUUUCGGUGUUAAACAGUUUAAUCCCACGUACGUUCCUUGUCUUGCAACAAGCUGCAAUGCACAAAAAGAGCAGAUAUUUUUUCUGUGCUUUACACCUGUAUGUUUCUCUACUUUUAAAAAAAAAGUGAUGGUAUGCUGUUACACGAGUGCCAAUGUUGAGAUGAAAAAAAAGCAUUUCUACUAGAGUUUUUAAAGUCCUUGUGAUGUUUUCUUCCUCCUUCUGGCCUUUCUGGAUGGUGUUAAAGCACUAAACACCCUUAAAUUGGGUCUGUUUGUAUUUGUUGUUUUGUUGUUAGUAGAUCAAAAUGGGGACGGAGAAACAGAAGCAGGACGCCCGAGUCUUUUUCGGCGCAUGCAGAUGUUUCCCGCGGUGAAGAAGUCAGAAACGUGUGAAUGAAGCAGACGGUGUUUUGAAGUAUUAAGAUACUAUUUUCAUAUGCACAAAGCAGAUCUCUGUCGCAUGCUUGUUUUCUGACUCCGUAUGAGCUGUAGAGUUUAGGAUGCAGUGUUGUAUCACUGUAAAGUUUAGCAUCAAAUUAAUUCUGUCAAUAUAUAUCUGUUCCAUGUUGACUCUGAAGAAGAAGAAAAAAAACAA